AGGUGGGUGGUUCCAUUUCUCGUAAAUACACGCCACAACCUGAAUAUAUCAACAAAGAAUUAAAUAAAGGCAAAAGUAUAUCAAGUGGUCUAUUUGAAUUCGUCCGGUAUAAUGAGCACAACCUAUAUAGGUUAACAGCACAGUUAAAUUAUCGGGUGUCGCACAAUCAUUUUAAAUCAAUACAGCCCUUCUCACCGAGUGUGUUUCUAUAAACUUUUUUUUUUGCCACAAUGGGAUGUAUAUGUCCUUGUUUCGAUAAGGACACUUCUCACCCAGUAAGUCAAACAACUCGUCUCCUGUCUGAUCAAAGUUCUCGACUUCAUUCUCCAGUGGAACGUGAAGAUGACUCGACAUAUAAAUGCUAUCACCCUAUACAACUUAAGGUGACUCUUAUUAACAGUGUUGACAAGCUUUUUCAGAAACAUGAAGAAGAAUUUAAUGAAUUGGUCUCCAGUUAUUAUGAUUUAAAGGAGGUUGAAGAAAUUAUUCUUCACAUCUUCCAAAAGGCAAAAACACCACAAACGUCCGUGGAAUUGUGUAUAAAAGUAAUUGGCACUCAUUGUAUUUUAUUCUGUUUUACAGGGAAAACUCGUGUUAACUUGGCUCGAACCCACAAGUAUUGCAUGUUGAUAUCAUUUGAUGAAGAGGAGUUGACUUCCAAAUUUGGUGAAAUGGCAAUUAAGUUAUUAAUUCCAAGCUUAAGACAAUUUAACAAUUUCAAUCAGUUGAUGAAGGAAAUUCAAAGUAAAUGCACAUCAGUAAAUCGGUCGUUGGUGGAACUCUUCCAGGAAGAAGUUACAUUAAGGAAAAACAUAAUGAAUGCAGAUUUGGGGCCGUCACAGGAACCAGUGUCCUUACACAACUGCGUACAGAACUUAAACUUGUUACGCAGAUGCUAUGGUAACACGAGGACGAUUCACGAUGAAUUAGAUGAAAGUUGGAACAAUGUAGUCAAUGCUUAUCGGACGUUUUGUGAAUGAAAAAAAGGAAGAAAAAUAUAUGGAAAAAGUGAAGCAAGUGAUUUAUGUCAAUGGUGUCUGGGAUUAGAUGUGAAUCGUACAAAUUUUCUGAUUGGUCAAUUUAUCUGUUCUCAACAUCUUCAAUAAUUAAAUCUUGAAUAAAAUCUAGCUAAAAAAAAUGGAAAAUCAUGUAGUGCUGUUAGAAAUAUUAAAAUUAAUGAGUUAAUGAUAAAUUAUAUCUAAACCAUUAAUCUCAUUUCCUGAGCCACUAUUGUAAAAAUGAUAUUCUUGCCACAUAAAAAUGGUAAAGCUUUACAUAUAACAUGAGCAUAAAAUGUUCUGCAUAUGAAGGAUUUGACAAAGCUGUAUAACAGCUUUGUCGUGAGUUUAUUAGUCACCUUACAUUGAGACAAUGACCUUACAGUGAGGUGUGAUGUACUGAGUGUGAGGCAAUGGACUUGAGAGCAAGGUGAUGAUCUUUAUAGUGAGAUAACAGACUAAUUGUUUGAGUUAUGCUACGAAUUUAUUAAUUUAAUGAUGGAGAGAAUAAAAAAUUUAAUUGAAGAAAAUAAUGAAUGAAACAAUACAAAUGUGAAAAAAUAAGACACGGGUAGUUUGCAUAUUGUUAUUGUUUAUUUGUAUAACCCUUUAAAUGCGAAAUUAUUUUUCAUAGUUAUUUCAGUAAUGAUGUUGCAUAUCUACCAAAAAAUAGGAUUGGUAAUUUUCUGCAAGUCGCAUUGCCUCAAUAAAAUUGUAUUUCAAUAAAAAGUUUCAAAUAUGACAUUCCUCAACAAAAAAAUUGACAGCUGUAUAAAACUAAUUUCUCCAGUUAAGAAGGAAAUUUUGAAUGGAUAUAUCUGAUUUCCACAGUAAAAGGGUUGUUUGUUUUUCCCAGAUGAAUACAACUUUAUUUCAUUGAAAUAAAUAACAAUAUUAGCAUUGUUUCUUUUUCAUAAACUGCCCUUCCUUUUGAAAUGGGUACACAUCGUAACAAGUUAUCCUAUUGAUUGCUGUAAUAAAUUAUUUUCAUAUAAAUUUA